CGCGUUGCAGGAGGUGCCAUUAUUAAGUAUAUGUUGUUAUAAUUAUCAGGGAAAAACUGAAACUUGGGUUAUAUUUAUUAACAUUUAUUCUGUUUUAUUAUAAUGAUAUAUGUACAAUAUUAACAAGAAACCUGCACAGAUGUGCCGUUAGGCUUUAAAUUCAUGGGAGUGGCGGGAAAAUUAGUAUCAAAUCCAAGUGUUCGUGUGCACGCAUCCUUAUCGCGAUCCUGCCUGAAAGUCAAAGUUGAGGGAUGGAAAUAUAUUGUUUUACGCAUGCGCAUCUUGGGGAAACAAAAUGAGCUGCUUUAGUUUCUAUUUCGUUUUUCUCGUCUUAUUAAUUAAAAGCCCGAGUUUGCUCCUCUUUUUGUGUUUCACCAUUUUUGUUUACGUACAUUACAGAACACGUUAGUAUGAUAAUUCUAAAUGGCAAAGCCGGUUCAAGUACGGUAUGUCGUUGCGACAAGAUGUACUGUUCCCCCCACCACCACCAAAAAAAAAAGCGUGUCUGUCAGUCAGGGCCGUCGAGUCGUCGCUGCUUGCGGUUGUGCGGAGCUUGGCGUCAGACGAGUGCGGGGUGAUGGACAGCGCCGUGUCUGUCACACACUUCGUCAAAACACGUUGACACCAUAGGCGGCGCUUACGUGGUCUGGAUAUGCACGACUCGUCCGAUAAAAGAGUGCUAUAAAAACGGACACAAGCGCAAAUGUAUUCACCGGACAGCCCGCGGACGAACGGAAGUAAGCACCCCAACAAAGCAGUUCAUCCCAAUGGGUCUCUCACUAUCAACAUGGCUGCAUCGCAGGACACAGAAGCAUUCAUCUUCCCACUCUUCUGUUUUCUGUUCUCUGGCUGUCCCAACAUCAUCUCGCCUUAAGGUCAUUUUGAAGUCCUCUCCAGUUCCUCCCGGAGACAGCCGCUCAUGCUGGAGCUCGGUCCACUGCUCUCCUCACUUUCUGCUGUCUGCCAGUAAGGAUGAAGUGACACGUUUACCCGUAGAGUUGAGCAGCGACGGGGUGAGGGCGGAAAAGUGGGUGAAGGACGGGCUUCACGUGUGGGAGGUGAUGUGGAAGCCCAACCACAGAGGAAGCCAUGCGGUCUUAGGAAUCUCCACGCAGAACUGCCCUCUGCAGGCCUCAGGUUACAACGUUCUGGUGGGGGCAGACUCCCAGUCGUGGGGCUGGGAACUCCAAAGCAAUCAGCUCUGGCAUGACAGACAAAGUAGGGGAGCAUACCCAGAAAAGAGGAGAAUUUGUUGCACCAAAGCUGCAGAGAAUUUUCUGCCAUGGUUUUCUCAAUGUAGCCCAUCAAGUCUCGAGGUGCCAGACACACCUUUUCCCAUCCCUGAACGCAUCGUCAUGGUCUUGGAUGCAGACGCAGGGACUCUUGGAUUUGUCGUGGACAACCACUUCCUUGGUAUUGCGUUCAAAAACCUCCCCCGCGGUGUGGAGCUAUUCCCAGCCGUGAGCAGUGUGCGAGGAGGAGCCUGCAUACGACUCCGAUAUCUCAACGGCGCCACUCGCAAUCCCCCGGCCCUGAUGGCUUUGUGUGGACUCCUCAUUCGCCACCAUUUAGGGCGACAGAGGCAAAAUCAAGUGGACAAGCUUCCUCUUCCACCUGCUCUCCAAUGCUACCUUCUUUCCAGUCAUUAAUUUACCGCAUCCACAUUAACCCACUCCCCUUCCACAGGGGUUACGUUCCAGACAACCCCUGAAAUAAGUGAAAUCCCUGAUAGAGAAACACCCAAUUUAAACACUCCAUAGGCGUGUUUUUCUUGCAGUUGUACCACUUUCUAACUUCAUGAAACGCACUUUAUAAAAAAAUAUUUAUAGAUUUACAGAGAGCAACAAGAGCAUUGUAUACAAAAAAAAUAAUACUGUGCCAAUCGUAUAACAGUGUACCGGGCCCUGUGUUUAUAGUACACAAAAUCCUCUUUUUUCCAAACUAACAAAUUUAACUCUCACAAUAUACAUAAAUAAUCAUGCCGAAAGAUGUAAAUUAUAAAACAAAUGUACAGAUGUUGCUUUCUGUAGGCAGAAAACACAAGAUAAGGGUUGAGACAUUCAAUAAAUUUCUUUCCAAUCCUUUCAGCAAAAAUAAUCUGAAUUUGAAACAUUUUCUAUUCUCACUCCUUUCAAACUUGAUGUCAAAUACUAUACUGUGUGCCGCCACAUAGUGGCCAGAAGUAGAAUUACAUCCCAGGAUAAAGAGCAAAACAGAGUUAUAACCAGCCCAAGGAAAUCUGUGCAAACGCGGGACCCCGAAUCCAGAACCUGCGAUGGAGGCAGUUUAACGCACUAGUUUAGCGAUUCACAUUACUUUCAGUCUUUUUCAAUAUAAAAUGGUGUGGCAGUCUGGAUCAUCGCUGCAGGUUUGAGAUCUGUGCACUAGGCCAGUGAUUCUCAAAGUGUGGUAAUAGUACCACUAGGACUAGGGGUACGCAGGUUCCUAUUAGUGGUACACAAAAGUAUCACUUGAUUAAAUGUUCAAACUGUGCCUGUUGGCUUAAAUUCAUUUUAAUCUUGUGCCGUGCAUUUGUUGAAUACAGUUCAAUUGUAUUUAACUUUUAAGUACAAUACGUGAGCAUUUCAUCUUUUCGAAAUGUUGAAUUUCAAAGACUUAUUUAGGUAUCAUUUUUACAGUAAUGUAUGUUAUGUGCUGUGUUUAUUAUUUUACUUUGUUAACUCUUUUGUUAAGCGGUUUGUUACAGCUGCAGCUGUUGUGAAAGCGCUAUAUAAAUCAGGAUUUAUUGUAUCGUAUUAUAUUGUAAUACAUACUGUGUGUGCACAAUACAUUUUGGUUGAAUCAUUACUCAAAUACGGUUUUUAUUUUAGCUCUAUUUAAGUGCAGUGUCAAGUUCAAAUUCUGCAUAGCAGAACAGCGGUUUACAAUAACAUUACAUCAAUACUUAGGAAUAAAGCCUCUGCUUCAUUUUUGAUUAUCAUGAACAACUACAGGCUUGCCUCACUGUUGCUGUUUAUUUCAAUAGUGGUCAUUAUGGAUAUGAAUUUCUUCAGCUGCUCCGUGGUGUAAAACGUUUGAGAUCUACUAAGCAAUCAAUCCCUUUGCUAAAAACAUAUUUUUUGAAUGUACAUAUGACAUUAGAUACAGUAUUUGUUACAAUUGAACCCUUGUAUUGACUGUAGAUUUACAUUGGUGCUGUUGUGGGUCCUAUGGUUAAAAAAUGGCUUUCAAAAUAAAUGGCCCAUAAACAUUG